GAAGGGAGGGAGGGCCCGACGACACGUGACCCGACCAGCUGUUGUCGGGGGCGGCGGGGACCCAGAGCGCUGCGAAUCUGGAGGGCGGGGCGCCGCCUUCGCCACUGCAGCCACAGCCCCCGAUGUCGCCGCAGUAAUCUGGCCGUGGCAGCUCCUGCAUCUCGGUGGUCGCUGCCUUCGCACCUAAGGCCGAUCCCGGAGUCCAUCGCCCAGCAGGAUGGCAGUGGCUCCUCCAAGUUACUGUUUUGUGGCCUUCCCGCCACGUGCAAAGGAUGGUUUCGUGGUGUUUGGGAAAAAUUCAGCCCGGCCCAGGGAUGAAGUUCAAGAGGUUGUAUAUUUCUCCGCUGUGGAUCAUGAACCUGAGAGUAAAGUUGAGUGCACUUAUAUUUCAAUCGACCAAGUUCCGAGGACUCAUGCCAUAGUGAUGAGCAGACCCGCCUGGCUGUGGGGAGCAGAAAUGGGAGCUAAUGAGCACGGAGUGUGCAUAGCCAAUGAAGCCAUCAAUGCCAGAGAACCAGCCGCUGAGACAGAAGCCUUACUGGGGAUGGAUCUGGUCAGGCUUGGUUUAGAAAGAGGAACAACAGCUAAAGAAGCCUUAGAUGUCAUUGUCUCCUUGUUGGAAGAACAUGGACAAGGGGGGAAUUACUAUGAAGAUGCCAACUCUUGCCAUAGCUUCCAAAGUGCGUACCUGAUUGUGGAUCGUGAAGAAGCCUGGGUGCUUGAGACCGUAGGGAAGUACUGGGCUGCUGAGAAAAUCACGGAGGGAGUGAAGUGCAUUUGCAAUCAACUUUCACUCACCACUAAGAUGGAUGCAGAGCAUCCUGAACUCAGAACUUAUGCUCAGAGCCAAGGCUGGUGGACAGGAGAGGACGAGUUCAAUUUUUCCCAUGUGUUUUCUCCGGCUGAUGACCAUCUGGACUGCUGUGCAGGCGUAGAGAGCUUAGAGAAUGAAGAAGAAAAUAUCACCGUGCAGACGAUGAUUAACAUCUUAAGGGACAAAGCCAAUGGAAUCUGCAUAGACUCUGAAUCCUUCCUCACCACAGCCAGUAUAGUGUCCGUCCUGCCUCAGAAUAGAAGCUCUCCAUGCAUUCACUACUUCACGGGGACUCCAGAUCCUUCCAGGUCCAUAUUCAAGCCUUUCAUCUUUGUUGAUGAUGUAAAACUUGUCCCCAAAGCACAGUCCCCCUGUUUUGGGGACAAUGACCCUGCCAAAAAAGAACCUCGGUUCCAGGAGAAACCAGACCGCCGGCAUGAGCUGUACAAGGCCCAUGAGUGGGCACGUGCUGUCAUUGAAAGUGACCAGGAACAGGGCCGCACACUGAGGAAGACGAUGUUGGAGCUGGAGAAGCAAGGUCUGGAAGCCAUGGAGGAAAUCCUGAGUAGCCCUGAUCCCCCGGACCCUGCUGAGGUGGGGGACCUUUUCUAUGACUGUGUCGACACGGAGAUUAAGUUCUUUAAGUGAAGUAAGCAUUCCUUUCCCCCUUCUUAUUUAAAACUUCCCACCUGACUAAAUUACCAGCAAAACAAACCACUCUCCUGUUUGAGUCAAAUGAGAAAGUUAUGAUGUGGCCUCUUUUUCUGAAGCCAGAUCCAACUGUUACCUUGUGUCUCUAAACGUCUCCUCCUUUGCCAUAGUUCCCCUUCCUUUGCCGUGUAAUGUGUAUCCCCUUUGCCUGGUGUUCGGUUGUGUGAUGAAUUGUGGAUUCAAAGCUGCUAAUCUUCUAUUUCAGUGACAGUGGACACAUUAGCCUCUCCUGGGAGAGCUGGAGUUCAUUAGGCCUUGAAAGACAGGCUCACAGUGCUGAGCUGGUGGGAAAAGCAAGCUCUUUUGAAGUCUUAGUCUUUCAGAACUAGUUUCUCCCAGGUUAACAAAAGGCAUUUGUCUGUACACAGGCUCCUGUGUAUGGAGUCAAGGGAGAACGUCUCCCGUUCCCUUGAGCCUAUAGCUGUGUGUAGUGCAGUCUCCACCCUCCUGGGGACAGAUGGGGGGAAGGAAUCAGGAGGGGCCUCCUCGCGCCCAGCUCUGUCCCAUGAUCCUGAAGGACCUAUCUUCUAUGUGCUUCCAGACCUGUUUCCACAGGCAGGAGUCUGGGCAUCUGUGUUAGUUGGAGCCCUUGGGUCUUAGAGAUCCCAGGACACCAUGCAGGUGACCUCCUUGAAUCCCUCCAUGGCUCUCCCAAAGGGCAUGCCUGCUGUGCCUUCACGGCAGUACACUUACCCUAUGGAUGCACCUUUGGGUAGAAACGAUCUGGGUCUAGUUGCUAACAUCUAGUCUGGGAUCCAUUAAAUGGCCCUGUGGCAGAAUUUCCAUCUCACACAGCUGUGGCUCUCUCUGCUAAGGAGGGAGAGAAAAGGAGAAACUCUUGACUAUUUAGAUUGCAGUUAAAGUGGCUGAAAGCUGGGCAGCGACUACUUUAUCUCAGCAGAGAGACUAUAUUUAAACUGAUUUGUUCCCAAUGCUAUAUUUGCACCAGAGCAUAGAAAAACAUGCAGGGAAGACCAGGUGGGGUCUGGGAGGGCAGAGGGCAACUAGGUGACAGAAGGAUGCAGAGGCAUUUCUGUGCUGGUAACAGUCCAGCCAUCUGCCUCCUGCCCAGCCUGUUGGGCCCGACAAAUUGGUAUAAGAAGCAGCUUGCUCUUGCAUCUUCCCCCUUAGUCCCUGUGCCCUAAGCUGCUCACUGAAGUGGGUAGAACAUGGUGGGGGCUGAGCUUCACUGAAACCCUCAACCACUGCCGAAACGCCCAGGGUCACAGAUACUAGAGCACCCAAGUGGGAGAUUGCCAUUUGGGCCUAAUUAUGCUUUACCAUCCUCAACAGGAAUCUGCAAAAAAAUUGUGGACAUCUGCAGUCUUGGAAAUGGCUUAGGGUAAUUCCUUCCCAGCAGCAGAAAGGGGCCUCCCAGCCUUCCCAUAUGGGUGUGGAACCUAAGGAUCAGAGGUUUUAUUGGAACAACCCUUUCCUUCCUACUCUUGCUCAGCUGUUUAGUGAAUUCUGUUUGUAAAACUUCCAACUACCUGUGGUGAGAUGGGAAGAGUAUUUUAGCAGACAAAGUUAAUGGCUGCUGGUCACGGUGCCUUGUAGUUGUGAGUAGUGUGCAGCUGCUCAGGAAGAAAGGAUGAUACAGGUACCCAUGCCCUCCCAAGGCCACCUGAUGAGGGAUUAUGUAAAAUGGGACUAUGAAGAAAGCCACCCUAGUAUUUCACUGCGUGGUUCCACCUUCUCCCUCUUAGGAAACAUUUCCCUACCCCACCACAUCUGCAACUGCCAAGGUGAUUCCAGGUUUGAUGAGGAGUCUAGAAGAGAGUAAAUUACACAGAGGCCUCCUUUCAUUAUCAUGGGGAAGGCUGUAGGCAAGGCUGCCAGCUUGAUGUCAUUACCCAGUUGUGCAGCGGGGAACACAGUGACUACUUAGGUUAGGGGCCCUGACCUCAAUCAAGUGUCACAGAGAGGGGCCAACCCUACCUGCCAAUGGUCUUGGCUGGCACUGAGCAGCACAGCUGUGAGGUCACUGCCUCACCACUAGAGGGCACCACCAUCCUCUGUGGCACUUCCUGGCAAAGCGGGACAGGCAAUGGUGGUGGUCUGUGUACAACCAAAACCCAAAUAAUAGCAGUGGACUGGUUCUUUGUGCAUCAGGAUGGUUAGGGAAACACACACACACACACACACACACACUCUCACACAAGCACACACACACACACACACACACACACAGAGAGAGAGAGAGAGAGAGAGAGAGAGAGAGAGAGAGAGAGAGGAAUCUACUGAUAUAGAUGUACUCUUUCAGUGACCUUUAUCUUCUUUAAAUUAACAGCUGGAAAUACAUUGUUGGACUUUGAGUGGGUUGUUAUAAGGGGACUGUUUCUUUUUAAGUGCUCCUAACAGAAAAUGAUUUGGAAAAAAAUGCUCAUUACAUGGAUAAUUUCUUCACAAGGGAUUGCUUUUCUGAAGGCAAUAUAAGAAAUGAAUAUACAAAAUGAAAUAUUGAAAUAUGACAAGGUUUAAAGGUCACUGUGUGUAAAUAGCUUCCUAGAAUAUCAUCUGUGUAUCUAUUAAGAUGGGGGGGGCGGUGCAUGCUUUGUGCAGAAAGAAAUCAUGGCCAUAAAGGAUAAAGUUGCCCCCCCAACUUCUCCCCCGUGACCUAACAUAAGCUAGUUAGUCUAGUCUGGUAAACGGGAUUCACCAUAAGUGAAGACUCAAGGCAGACACACCAGUGAAAGUAAAUUAGCAAAGCAAAAAUAUCUUUUCAUUUUUGGAGGUGACUUGAACUUGUAGGUAGAAUAAAGAUAUAAUCAAAAUUAUGGAGAUUCUAGAGCUCAGUAACAUAAGACUCAGUGUUAUCAAUAGGAGUCUACCUUACAAGCUAACAGAGCAGGCAGGUGUAUACCUAUUAGAUCUUAGCCAUGAAGUUCCCUUACUGUUGGGUGAAUCUUUAGAUAUAAAGCAUAAUUAUUGACCAGACAAAUAACUUUGCAUCCUAACUGAUGUCCUACAUUGGCACAGGUGACACAUAUCUCUGGCUGGGCCAGCGAGGAAGCCAGGUGGGACCAGUGUGUCAGUUCUGACACCUCUUGCAUUCUUUCUUGGAGAGCUGUGCAUCCUUUAUUGGAAAGGUCUUCAUCUGAGCUCUCAGCUUCAGGAAGGAAGCACAGGGAGGAGAUGGGAGGGGACCUACUUCACUGGCCACUUGCACUUGCAGGGGAGGCAUGGCAGGUGAUAUGCCCAGCUGUCUCAGCACAACAGUAUGCUUCCUGUAGCUGUGGCAUUUCAUUCCACCCAGUCCAGAGUCCCCGCUCCCCUUCUAUGGUGUGUGUCAAAAUGUGCUGUAUCUAACUGAUGCCAAACACCCCAAAAAUGUCAUCUGCAGAUUUCUCGUGGGAACCAAUAUGUACAUUUGCAAUCAUGCUGUGAGAAUUUAAAUGUGUUAACUGGAAAAUGCUACUGCCAGGGAAAAUAAAAUCUUUCCGUUUCCUGCAGUGGGAACUGACCAUGUAGUCUUAACAGUCUUUUGUACAAACACAUCUAUAAGCCAGAUAAUGUCCCUAUCCAGUGCUUGCCUUGGCAUUGUCUCUAAAUGCAUCGAGCAUACAAUAAAAGAUACUGAGAUUAA